CACCGCCAGCAUUCAAAAGUGACCAAAACAUCAGCCAGAAAGCAUAGGAACUGAGAAGUGGUCUGUGGUCACCACCUGCAGAACCACUCCUUUAUUGGGGGUGUCUUGCUAAUUGCCUAUAAUUUCCACCUGUUGUCUAUUCCAUUUGCACAACAGCAUGUGAAAUUGAUUGUCAAUCAGUGUUGCUUCUUAAGUGGACAGUUUGAUUUCACAGAAGUGUGAUUGACUUGGAGUUACAUUGUGUUGUUUAAGUGUUCCCUUUAUUUUUUUGAGCAGUGUACUUAAUGUUACAGACAAAAAGACAUCCAAAACCUUGUCGUUAUCCUUAACAAGGAAGCUGGGCUGUGUCUGUGUUUGGUCUACUUUUCUCUUUGCUCCUACACAGUGGUGCCAUAGCAUCAUUAUCUCUAGACAGCUGUCUUUUUUCGCAGAGAAGUCAACCUUCAGAGAGGCCGACAGCUACUACGUGAAGGCAAAGUGUCCGAGGCCAGAGACUGUUUUUCUCGCUGUGUAAACAUCACCCCAACCAUGGCUCAUAAUCUUAUUAAGGCUGCACGAGCAAGAGGAGUGGACUGUGUUGUGGCCCCAUAUGAAGCUGAUGCUCAGUUAGCUUACCUCACUAAAUGUGGUUUGGCCCAGGCUGUCAUCACAGAAGACUCUGACCUGCUGGCAUUUGGCUGCAAAAAGGUCAUCCUUAAAAUGGACAAGCAGGGCAAUGGACUGGAGAUAGACCAAACUAACAUGGGCCGCUGUCGUGCUCUGGGCAACGUUUUUACAGAGGAGAAGUUUCGCUACAUGUGCAUCCUCUCUGGAUGUGACUAUCUGGCCUCCCUACAUGGCAUCGGCCUAGGCAAGGCAUGCAAACUGCUGCGAUUGGCCAAAGACCCUGAUAUCCUCAAGGUGAUCAGAAAGAUGGGCCAGUACCUGAAGAUGAAUCUAGUGGUCCCUGAACAGUACAUCGCGGGAUUCAUCAGAGCCAAUAACACCUUCCUCUACCAGCUGGUGUUUGACCCAGUCAGGAGGAAGGUUGUACCCCUCAACCCGUACCCAGAGCACAUUGACCCGGCCACCCUCAGCUACGCUGGACUCAAUCUAGGAGAUGAACAGGGCUUGCAGAUGGCCUUAGGAAACCUUGACAUCAACACCAUGGAGAAGAUAGACGUCUUCAACCCAGACAAACCCAUUCCACAGCUUUCUAAACCCAGUAGUCGCAGCUGGAAUGAUUCACCAGCCCCCACUGGGCACAGUAUCUGGAGUGGAGGCUUAAAGCCAGCACCUGCUGCCUCCCCAAACAGGCCUGCCUCUACCAGGGGGAAGGAGAGAAUCACCAGCCUGGAUGGUCUGAGGCUGUCCUGCAGAGAACUGCAGGUGAAAAGACUGCGAGAAGACUCCAAUGUAUCCGACGAGGAUGUGCUGCAGCAAUACUCGUCAUCCAGUCAGAAGCGAUCCAGGUCAGACCAGCAUCCAGACAAACCAACAUUAACCACUCCACCCCGACCACGCAACCGCUUUGCCACCCUGCUGCAGAGGAGGAACCAGGAAGCUGAGGAAGAUGGCCAAGCCACGUGCAGCAGGUGA